GAUUACAUUACACGAAUAUUCCUCCUCCUCUUUAACUCUUUGAAAUCCCCUGUCCUCAGGAAAUAUUCCUACCACCUCUAAUGGAAGCGUUUCCACUUUCUAUACCCUCGUGCCUGUUCAGAUGGCCGAACAGCGAGCUCACCCCACACUGCUGGACAAGUUACUGUUCAGCCACACCCCCACCACCCCGAAAGAAGUUGACUUCAUAAUUUCCACACUAAAAUUGUUCAUCUGCCCCAGGAGAGAGCCAGCUAGGCAGGAGGCAGAGACAUCGGGGAUGGAGAAGAUGGGUGGAAAGCAUCUUUGGAAAGCAAAGGUCCUGUUUCUUCACUGGAUCACUGACAACCGCAGUCUCGGCUGGAGGAGAGGUGAGGCUCACACCCAGCAGUCCUGGACCAUUUCCCUAGCAACGGGAGGAGAAAGGCUGCUUAGACACUCGCGAGCCCCAGCGUUCUCCUGGAACGUGCCCCGGCUCCGUAGCGUGGCAGCCACACGGCAUCUUCCCGUGGCUCCGUCAGCAGCCAAAAGGAGAAGGGUCCAUCGGAAAAAUGGCAUAUUACAAAUUUUGCUUUGGGAAGCAGAGCUCGGUUCAGACCAUUGUCAAAGGGAAGAGAGGGGGAGGCGGUUCUUAAAGCAGCCGCGGCCCCUUUGCCGCCCAGCAGCAGCAGCAGCAGCAGCAGCUCUGGAGCGUGCAGCGGAGCCCCCGGGGCGGAGAGCUGGUAAUCCGGGACUGGAUCUGACUUUCAGAAACUUAACCUAG